UUACAUAAUUCUAUUAAACAAUGAGUUAUAAUGAGUAUAAUGAAUAUGAAGCAAACUAUGAUGAUGAUUUUAUGAGAUAUCCUGGAAGUGAUGAAAGUUGUUCUGCAUCUAAUGAAGAUGUGGAUAGAGAGGAAUGGACUGAGCAACAUUUGGAAUCUACUGAUGAUUUUGAAUUUGAAGAUAAACAUGCUGUUAUAAAUGAAUGCAAAGAAAAGAUGAGCAGUAAAGAUUUCAUCAUGGAGCCUGCAGUUUCUUUUUAUAUAAAAAAAUUUCUUGAUGCAGGAGGUUGCCAAGAUGAUUUUAUAAAUUUGCUAGCUGAAAAUUACCAUGGAACUGCACAAAUUGCCAAUCUGUUAGCUGAUUGGCUCAUCGUUGCUGGUGCAUCUGUAGAAGAAGUCCAAGAGAUUGUUGAAACACAUUUACGAGAGCUUAUUGUAAAGACAUUUGACCCUAAAAAGGCUGAUUCAAUUUUUUCAGGACAACCCCCUGGGUGGAUUGAAGAAAUGAUUGCAUACCCUCCAUGGAGAGCAAUGUUUUAUGAGUUGGCAGAUAAACAUCCUGACUGUUUAAUGCUUAUUUUUACCAUUAAGCUUAUAGCAGAUUCUGGUUACCAAGCUGAGAUUGGCUCUGUUUCGUCUGCAUGUACUCAGUUGGAAGUGUUUUCUAAAGUACUUACCACAUCCAUUUUGAAUUAUUUUAAGCAAGGCGCUUCUAAAAAUGAUAUUAUGAAAGUUUGCUGUCAUAGCAACCAGUUGUAUAUAUACACGCAAUGUUUACUACACAGUCUUUGUGAAAAGUUUGAGCCAGAACAGCAACGUAUAUGGAUCAAGCGGCUUAUCCAAAAUCUUGAAAUUGGUGCUAGAAGCAGUGGAAACAACAUAUGGCAUUUAGUUUUAAUUUUCAUGGGAUGUGGAAAAUAUCCCCGUAUUUUUUAUUCCCUUUUAUCAUUGUUGGGAAGAAAAGCUUUGAAUCCUGGUGACAUUACUGUGUUAUACAAAACAUAUAGUGCUCCUGAACCACCUCCUGUAAAAUUUUUGCAAAUUCCAGCUCUAAUAGAAAUGCUGAUAUCUGCAAUAUUUACUUGUGAAUCAAACAUGUCUGCAGAAAAUAAACCAAAGUACUUUUUUUUACUGGCUUAUGCUGUGUCUGUUUAUGAAGUCUGGAAUGAGGAUACACGUGAUCUAUUAUAUCAUGACGAAUUGAAAGCUACUUUGCUUGCAAUUGAACGUAUUCAUACUUUAUGCACAAACAACAUUGGUGUCACAAUAACACAGUCUUCUUUCGAUAUCAGUGUUCUUUUUCAAUGUAUUAGAUAUCCUGUAGUUUCAAUUGGUUUAAUAAAAUGGAUUGAGUUUUGCAUGUCUGAAAAAUACUAUGAAAAAGUUGUUGUUGAAGCUGCUCCAUUGCAGAUCAUUCUUCUAGAUGAGAUGAGUAACAAUCAUCCAUUACAGCAUGAGCUUAUUAUGAAUCUUUUACAGAAUCUUUUUGAAAGAAACUAUCCUAAACUAAAUACACUUGUGGAGUUAGAAUUUAAAAAGACUUUAGUGGAUCGUAUGGUACACAUUUUAAGCCGUGGUUAUAUUAUUCCAGUUGUGGUAUAUAUGAAAGAAUGCAUGAAUAAACAAAUUACUGAUGUUUCUCUUCUUCGCCAUUUUGUUGCUGAGGUUCUUGAGAUGAUUGGUCCUCCUUAUUCAAGCGAAUUUGUUACCUCUAUGUUGCCAUUAGUUAAAAACGAUGAAAUAUCAACUCUUUUAAAGACAGCAGACCAGCAAGAUGAUGUCACGAUGUUUUUAAGUCACUGCGAAGUCAGGUAAAUGGGAAAAAAUUAGAAUGUCCUCACAAUAUGGAAAAGUUAAAAGUGAAGUGAGUAUAAAUAGCAGCUGAUAACUUUUGCAACUUGCAACUGAUUUUUAAUGGUGAUACAACAAAUAUUGUUCCAACGUUGUUCAAACGUUGCUUCAAGCUAUGUUUGAUAAAUUAACUUAAGAUUCUUUUUAAAUAAAUAUUUUUUUUAAUAAAAUAACUAGCAAAUUA